AUGCCAGACGGGAACGAGCCCAGCCUCCCCUCAGAGCCGGAGAGAACCGGCCUGGGGCCUGAGUCGCGGACGGACGGACUGGCCGAGCCUGAAGCAGCUGGCCGCGGAGCGGCGGCGGAGCGGCCCAGCCAAAGGACGGAGCCGGGCCGGUCCAGCCCCCCGACACAGCCAGAAGAGAGCAGCCCCUGGUCAGAGCUGGAGGCAGCCGGGCCCGAGACCGAGACCGAGACCGAGACCGAGACCGAUGGCUUUGGGAUUGAUCCUCAGCGGUCCGACCUCCAGGUUCAACCAGGGACGGACAGUCCCGGCGCACAGCCCGGCGUGGAUGGGCCCGGCACAGAACUAGAAAUACGUGGGUCACAGACCCAGCCUGCGGGCGGCCAGCCCUGGGCUGGUAACCUCCGGACCCCUCAGAACGAGUCCAGCCUCCGGCCCGAGCCGGAGGAGUCCAGUCCCUCAACGGAGCCGAGCGCUGAUGGCUCCUGGGAAGAACUGUACCCCGAUGGCUCCAGGACGCCACAGGAUUUGGAAACUGUGUGGAAACAGCCUGACAUUGGUGGUUUCCCUACACAAGAUUCUGAUGGUUCCUGGUCACAGCCUGGUGCUGAUGGUGCCCAGACACCAGAUACUGAUGGACCCCAGACAGAGCUUGAGACAGACUGCCUUUUGGAGGAGCCCGGCCAAGAUGGCCCAUUAGUGGAACCAGAACCUGGGGAGUCGGUGACUCACCUGUACUCUCACCUGGAGUGUACCUCCCUGACCCCUGUGCCCCGGCUCAUCAUCACUCCUGAAACCCCUGAGCCUGAGGCUCAGCCAGUGGGACCCCGCUCCAGGGUUGACGGGAGCAGUGGCGGCUUCUCCUCUGCCUCCUCUUUCGACGACGAGUCUGAGGAUGACGUGGUGGCCGGGGGUGGAGGUGCCAGCGACCCCGAGGACAGGUCUGGGAACAAAUCCUGGAAGAAACUGAAGACCGUUCUGAAGUACUCGCCCUUCGUGGUCUCCUUCCGCAAACACUACCCUUGGGUCCAGCUCUCUGGACAUGCUGGGAACUUCCAGGCAGGAGAGGACGGUCGUAUUCUAAAGCGCUUCUGUCAGUGUGAGCAGCACAGUCUGGAGCAGCUGAUGAGUGACAUUCUGCGGCCUUUUGUGCCAACCUACUAUGGCGUGGUGCAGCGGGAUGGCCAGGCCUUCAAUCAGAUGGAAGAUCUCCUGGCGGACUUCGAGGGCCCCUCUAUCAUGGAUUGCAAGAUGGGCAGCAGGACCUACCUGGAAGAGGAGCUGGUGAAGGCGCGAGAGCGGCCCCGACCCCGGAAGGACAUGUAUGAGAAGAUGGUGGCCGUGGACCCGGGGGCGCCCUCCCCUGAGGAGCACGCCCAGGGCGCAGUCACCAAGCCCCGGUACAUGCAGUGGAGAGAGACCGUGAGCUCCACGUCCACCCUGGGCUUCCGGAUCGAAGGCAUCAAGAAAGCUGAUGGCACCUGCAACACCAACUUCAAGAAGACACAGCAGCUGGAGCAGGUGACAAAGGUGUUGGAGGACUUUGUGGACGGGAACCACGAGAUCCUGAGAAAGUACGUGGCCCGGCUGGAAGGACUCCGUGAUGCCCUGGAGAACUCCCCCUUCUUCAUGACUCACGAGGUGGUAGGCAGCUCUCUCCUCUUUGUGCACGACCACACCGGCCUGGCCAAGGUCUGGAUGAUCGACUUUGGCAAGACAGUGGCCCUGCCUGGCCACCAGACGCUCAGCCACCGGCUGCCCUGGGCUGAGGGCAACCGCGAGGACGGCUACCUGUGGGGCCUGGACAACAUGAUCCGGCUCCUGCAUGGGCUCACCCACAGCUGACCCUCUUGCCUGGUGCCAGCCUUAUGUAUUAGAUGGGCCUGUCCAGCUCGGGGAGCCCCGAGUUUACUGGGGCCCGAGGUUGGUAGGGGGAAGCUGACCUCUCAGGAGGGAGAGGUGUGACCGUGUGGAAGAUCCGAAGGCCCUUUUGUGAUUCAGGGGUUGUAAGGACUGGAGGGGGCACGGGGUCACCUGCCAGUCAGCAUCAGAAUUAAUCUCUCAGUCCACCCUGGAAGGAUUCUGCAUCAUGCCCCGGGGGCCACAGCUUGACCUCAUCCCGAGGCUGCCUGUCACCGCAUGAAUGGCUAUAGUCACUGCCUCCGGGCCAGAGACAGGGUCUCCCCACCUCUGCUGCCCCAGGGCCACAUACUCGCUGGGGUGGCCUGUCCGCCUGGGAGGGUUCGGUCCCUCUCUCCUUCUGAGAGUCUCUGAGUGCUGAGGAUGCAGGCCCUGAGGAAGGUGACACCUCGGAGUGGCCUGCUGGUGCUGCCCGGGGCUGGGCAGGCUGCCCUUUCCCUGUCCUUCCGGAGGCCUGGGGAGCCUCUGCCGACCUGCUGACCACAACCACAGCCACCUCUGAGCGGCGCCAGCAGCCUCGGGACUUCCUCCUUCCGCCGCCUACUGGGGACGUUUUGAUCCUUGCUUCCCAGCUGGGUGCCCGGCAGCAGGGCUUGAGGCCCGCGAGCUGCUUCCUGGGAGUCCGCCGCCUUCCUCAGCAGCACCCUCGCCCCGCCCAGCCCUGCCGGGAAAACCCACCAGCUUGGGGCAGAGGCACAGGGCGGCUGGCUGCGAGCCCAGGCCCACCCAGGUCCAAACCAAAGAUCCUGAGCGCCCAGAGCUGUGGGCGACUGGCUUCCCGGCCCCCCAGGGUGGGCUUGGAGACGGCACCUCGCUCGUCCAAGUUGAAGCGCUGCCCAGCUUCCAUGCCCGAGUCCUUUUCUACUGAACAUCUUUAUACUUAUUUAUAUGAGGUCGGAGUCGGGGUCAGACGGGGGUGUGCUGGGAACAGGAAGCAGAGCAGCUCACGGUGCCUGCCUUCCCGUGACCACACCCCAAUAAACAGAGCAAAGUCAACUUUA